AUGCCAAGCCAGAAGGCGGUAUUUGUCGGGAUUGAUGCGAACGCAAAGGCUGGACCUGAACAACAAUCCGAUGUGCUUGGAAGAUGGUUCUAUCCCAUGGAGACAUCGGACAACGGAAAUCGUCUGAUAGACCUUUGUGAGCAGACGAAUCUCAUCAUUGCAUCCUCGUUUAAGAAUAAUCAUCGACGCCACCAGCUUACGUGGCAAGGGACAACACCAUUAACGCCAGAACAGCAGCGAAAGCGGAAGAUGCCGACUCUUAAGCUUCAGCUCGAUUACGUUCAGACGAAGAACAUACUUUUGUCAGAUAUCCGAAAAUCUAGAGCUGUCUGA